AUGUGUGCUGUUAUUGGAUGUACAAUUCGUAUUCAAACAGAUGAAAAUGAUAUUUAUUUAUGUGGUGGUAAAGGUAUUCAUGAUCAUGAAGGAAGUUCAGAUUUAAUUGAUACAAUACAUCUUCGUCAACAGAUCAAACAACGCAUUGUAAAUGAACUAACUCCCACUACUUUUCCAACGAAUCAUGAAAUUUCUCGUCAAAAAAUUCUUCCUCCAUUACCGCAAUCGUGCUUAUUUACUAUUCCGGAUCCUUACAAAUUAACAGUGGGUGGAAAACGCUUUCUGUUAUUUGAUGAAUCACGUGUUCGACGUGAACGACUUCUAAUUUAUGCAAGUGAUUUACAACUUGAAAUUUUAUUUAAAUCUUCAGUCGUAUACAUGGAUGGAACAUUUUCAAAAACACCACCUCAUUUUUAUCAAGUUUACAUUAUUCAUGGAGUCAAUUAUGAUAUAUGUAUUCCAUGCGUAUUUGUAUUAAUGUUAAACAAAAAAAACAGUACCUAUCGUCAAAUCUUUUUUGAACUGAAACAGCUAGCUUUAGAACGACAAACAUCAUUUUCACCAAAUCUAAUUGUUACGGAUUUUGAGUCCGGUGUUCUCUCGGUCGUUAAAAUAGAGUUUCCUGCAUCAAGACAUUAUGGAUAUCAUUUUCAUUACAAUCAAUGCAUUUUUAGGCAAAUACAACACUUAGGACCUCAAGGUGAAUAUUCAAGAAAUGAACUUAUUCGUGUUCUUUGCAGAAAAUUAAUGGCGUUGGCUUUGAUGCCAUGUGAUUUAGUCUUAGCUGGUUAUGAUGAAAUUCGUAAUGAUGUACAGAGUUUAUCAAAUUCACCGAUGGAACAAUUAUUAACUUAUUUUGAAAACCAGUGA